GCGUUGUGUGCCGAGCGUGCCAUUGGAGCGAUGAGCAGCAAGAAGCAUCGCGACGAGAACUACGGGUUCAAGCGGUCGUCUGGCGUGGACUACACGCAAGUGAAGGACCGGGUAAUCGACGACGACCGCUUUGAGCGACAGCGGGCGAUACGGGCAGGACAGAUGGACCACCCGCCUGUGUCGGCGGAAGCCGCGUUGGUCGGCGCUAAGUCUGCGACCAUGGAUGCGUUCGUGCGGAUGCUGACGGGUCAGGAAGAAAAGAUGUCCAUGGCGGAUAAGCUAGCAGGUCCAUCGAAUCGACCGACAUGGGAAGAGUUCAAGAAGGAGAAUGGGGACAAGCUCGCGUUGAGCGCGUCAAGCCAGGAGAAGGAGAUGCUCGAGUACAGGCGGCAACUCGACCUGGAGCGGGAAAAAGUGCUCAAGAAGCGCAGCAAGAAGGGCAAGAAGCGGCGAAAGCACGGCCACUCGUCCGACGACGACGACGACGCUUCGUCGAGCGAGAACGACAAGCACAAGAAAAAGAAGCACAAGAAGAAGCACAAGAGCAGCAAAAGCAGCAAGAAACGCAGCACGUCCCCGAUGCGGCUGUCGUCGUUCUUUGAAGAAACGUCAUAGCACGAGGACGUAUGUAGACCUUCCAAAUGUGCUGAUCUGGAAUGGACAGAGCUUUCUGGAUGAAUUGUAGCCGCUUGGUCUGUCUAGUUAGCAGCGUGCAGCUCAAGGAAAGCCAUCUCGUCGGUGCCAAUUCUACUAUUAACAGAACUACUACUACGUAGUCGGUACUACC